AUGGAAGCAUUUGCACCACUUCCAGUAGAUUUAUUUGCUGAUACAAACAACAUCUUGGACGAUGAUCCCUCCACCUACUUUUCCUUGUCCCAGUUUGAUUUGGAAUUACAGCAACAAGCUCAAGCUGCUUUGCUUCAGCAAGACUCUUGGCAAGAUUUCGAUAAAUAUUUGCCUAUUGAUAAUCAAUUGUUCUUGAAUAGCAGCACUGCCAGAAAUGAGCAAGCACAGCCUAUAUUCAACCAAAGCGCUGUGUCCAAUGCCAACAAUCAUCAAUUGCAAGACCCCUCUCUCUUCUAUGAACCAUUGACUGGCAUAUUACCUCCUCAAUCCACCAAACCACCAGCAUAUGAUAACAGUCAACAGUGGGACAACUCGGUCAAUAUCAAGCUGGAAUACGCUAGCCCAGAAUCAUUGCCUUACUCUCCUCCUUCCUCCAAUCUGCCAUCACAACAAAUCUCGGUAGCAACAAGCACAGCAAAUGCCAGUGCUACUGCUACUACUGCUGCUGCUGCUGCUACUGCAACAACGACAGAUAUGCCUGUGUUUCAAAAUCAAGCGACGCCAUCCUCCACUGCCUCUCCCAUGACAGAUAACAAAGAAUCGCCCAAGAGCUCAACUCUCACAACACCUGCUAUUGAUUUCAUGAGUUGGUCUUCACCGUCCACCAAUACUCCAUUGGAUUCUUCUCAAGCUAAAGUCCCCAUUCAACGUUUAAAGUCCAAUAGCAUCAUCAACAAUGCUGUAAAUGCUGCUCUCAACAACACACAGCCUCCUGCUGGACGUCAGCACAAGAAAACUGCUCACAAUGCCAUUGAACGUCGUUACCGUAACAAUAUCAAUGACCGUAUUGCAGAACUCAAGAAUGCUGUGCCUGCCUUGUUGUAUGCCAAAGUCAAAGAUAAUCGCACUGCGGGGGCUGGCAGCAAGCGACGCAAUGGCGAAGAUGAUGACGAUGAAGGCGAAGAUGGCGAAGAAUUCCUCGACGGUGUAGCCGUUGCUACCAAGCUGAAUAAAGCAACCAUCCUUAGAAAAGCAACCGAGUACAUCAAUCAUCUCAAGAAGCAAGGCGAUGAUGUGCGCCGUGAAAACCAAGCACUUCAACACAUUUUGACCCAGCUUCCCGGUGGCCAAGACAUCCUGCAACGCUACCAUUUGCAAAAGCAGCAGCGCGAGAAGGAGAUCCAACAGCAACAGCUGAUGGAACGUGAAGCUCAAAAGCAACAAGACCAACAACGCAAAGCUGCCAACAGAAAGAGAGCUCGAUUCAACAAUGCUCAACAACAGCGACAACAGCAACAGAUGCAGCAUCACCAUGAAGCUUCUGAUGAAUACGAAUCUUCCUCCAGCUCUCCCGGCUCAAUGGAUCCAGUGACGCCACCUGCAAUGACAAACCGAGUAUUCAUGGCCUUGUUCAUGUGCAUCACCUUCUUUUCAACCUCACCUUUGACAACUGGUCCUAGCUCCUCUGAACAAUACCAGAACCAUCAUCACACUUCAAGAGCAAACGUUGCUGGCGCUGGUGCUGAUGAUACAGUCUCUCAAACCUUGGGUAACGCCAAUGCCUCUCCUGAAUCCUUCCUUGGCUCCUUGUUCAAGUUUGAUGACACUUGGUCUUCGUUACGUACUAUUGUCUUUAUUGUAUGCAUCGUUCAACUCUUCUUCCCUUACAUCAAGUCCAUGUUGAUCGGUUCAUCCCUCAAAUUGAAGCGUGUCAACAAAUCCAGACGCAACAUCGCCGCUUCUUCCCGCAGAGACAUUAUCAAUAACACAGUGACGCCUGGUGAACUUAAAUGCAAGCAGAUUUAUGCAAUUCUGGACAAAUCCAUCCGUUCUAGUCAACAAGCUGGAGACGAAGAUGUGCCUACUAGCACACUGUCAACGAUUCUCCCUCUUAUGAAGGAAUCCGCUCGUAUCUUUUCUCAUCAUGUGCUUGGCUAUGAUAUCAUGUAUGGCGAUAACGAAGAUAGCACUCCUGAAGAAGAAUGGGGCCAAGUCUGCAAAUGGAUCAAGCUAAAUGAGACAAAGCUCGUCGGAGGUGCUGCCUAUACAUCUCGCUUAUCCAUGCUAUAUUCGUGUUUCCGUAUGAUCAACUUGGUCGACGCUCUUGACGAAGACAGACAUGAUCAUGUCAAUCAAACACAUGCCCGUGCUUAUGCUACUGCUGCUAUGCAAAUGGCGCUCAUUAUCCCUAAGCGUUCUGUUGCAGAGAAGCUGUCAAAUUACUUUUGGUUGCAAGCUGUCAGCAAUACCAAGAUGCACAUGGACCAAGAUCAAGAUGGCGAACACACUGCCGAAGAAAGCAGCUUGUGGAUGCAAUCACUCGCUUGGAUGGACCCCUAUCAAGAACAUGACUGUAUCCAAGAUAUGCGCAAGACUCGUGCUUGGUCUGAAACCAUGGACAUCAUUGCCAAUCAAACCUUGCUCGCCAGUGAUGGGUCUACAUCUUCAGAUGCUCGCCUCAGUAUAUCUUACACUGCUCCAGUCGUUGUCCCUGUUGCCAUUUUGUCUACGCUUCAUUUAUUGGACAGCCUUCGUAUUCAAUAUGAUCGAUUAAUCAGUACUAUUGCCUCUUGGGAUGACUCGUUUGAUGAAAGUCUUGAAACUGCCUUCCUUGAUAUCAUGUUACUCACUGAACCCAGUACAUCACUGAAGCAAAACGAUGAUGAAGGCGCUGUUGUCUCUACCACAAACGAUCAACAGCGACUGGCUCACUGGCUUGCUGCUGUAGGUGCUACUGUUGAAGCAUUAUGGAAGAACAAUGUUGAUCAAGCAGAAAAAUGGGUACCUACUUUGAUCCAGCGUGUCCCUCGUUCCAUGACUUGCAAGGCUUCCAAUGUCUCUCAAAAGGCUCUCCUCAACCAGUUGGAUGAAUUAAUCAAAAAGGCCAUGAUUCAUGUUCUUGUGGGCGCCAUCUUACUCAAAGGCUCAGAUGCUGAGAAACAAAAGCAAGGUCUCAUUGAACUCGAAAACGCCCAAGUAUUGCGCAUUGCUAUCCGCAAACUGCAAAGCAAGAUCAAGUUGAAUACCAAGCUGGACGUGGAAGACGAAUGUGAUUUAGAGUCUACUGUCAUGGCGUUGGCUGAAUUUGUUGUUUCUUUCAUUGGUCUCGAAUCCUGGAUUAGUGCUAUGAAGCUGGAGGUUUCUACAGAGAAGGAAAUUUUGAUAGAUGAAGAAGUGCGCGAGAAUACGUUGAAUUUGCGUCGUAUGGUUCGUCUGCCUUCUUUACAACAGACUGUCAGUGACAAUCAAUCUAUUGUGGAUCGCUUGAGUCGUCUCGGUCGUUUCAUUGCUCAUCAUCCCGGAGAUGCUGACUCUGCCUGUGAUUUAUCUGAUGAAGAUGCUGACGAUGACAAUGACGAUUGUAAUAGCACACUCAAUGGUCAAGAUCAAGAGGAGGCAUCCAGCGAUGACAAACAUACCUAUUCUUUCAUGGUCAAGAGAUCUGACAAGGCCCAAUCGAUCUUGCGUGGAUUAGCAUGA